AUGUCAAAUCCACGACAAUUAAAUUAUCAUCAAAAUAAUAAUCGUGGAAAUUCACGUAAUAACAGAAAUACAAAUUAUCGACAACAACAGCAACAACCAAAUAACAAUCAACAAAUGAAUUUUAAUUCGUUUUUAUCUGGUCCACAAGACGGCGGAUUCGAUACAAGUGCGUGGGAGAAUUACACAAAUUAUUAUCCUAUACAAAUCGAAAACAACGCUAAUAAUAACAAUAUUCACUCACGUGGGACUCAAAGGUUGCGAACAAACCAACAGGCCAAUCAUCAAAACAACCAAGGUAAACAAGCCGCCUAUAGCUCAGUAGUUCCAUGUGACGACUAUCUAAAUGAAGGUCAAGUUUUGCAAGAUAUUAUAACGAAAAAAACAAUUCGUGGAAUCUUACGAAUUAAUGCUAAACAAUAUACAGAUGCAUUCAUAAGUGAUCCUGAUGGUGGUACUGAUUUUUAUAUAGAUAAUGUUCGUGAACGAAAUCGAGCAUUAAAUUUAGAUGAAGUAGCUGCUGAAAUAAAACCUAAACGAGAAUGGAAAAUUCUUCCUGAAUGUUCUUAUCUUGUUGAACGUUAUAUUCGUGCUUUACGAAAUGGCCAAAUGCCAGACGAUAACUUAAAUGAAGAUAAUCAACAACAACAAAAUUUAUCAUUAAAACGUGAUAAUAAACGAGAAACAAUCAAUACUCUUAAUCGUGAUAAUAUAACAUUAACUGAUGAUAUAAUUAAUAAAAUACCAAAUGAAUAUUUUCAACGAACAGUUAAAGUUGUAUAUCUUUUUCGACGAAGACAUUCAAUGAAAACUGCUGGAUUACUUCGAAAAAUGCCUGAUAAUAAUCCAAAUUUUGCUUUAUUUUCUCCAAUGGAUAGUCGCAUUCCUCGUUUAAUGAUUCCAAUGAAUAAUUGUCCAUUAGAUUUUAAAGAUCGUCCAAAUGAUUAUGAAAAAUCUUUAUUUGUUGCAAAAAUUGUUGAAAUACCACCUGAUAAAAAAUUUGCACGCGGAGAAUUAAUGGAAAGUCUUGGUGAUGCUGAUACACUUGAAGCUCAAAGUAAAGCUAUUUUAAUGGAAAAUGAUAUUCGAGAUGAAGAAUUUAAUGAUGAAAUUAUUAAAUGUUUACCAUUAGAGCAGGAUAAUUGGAAUAUACCUGAUGAAGAAUUUUCUAAACGAUUAGAUCUUCGAAAUAAAUGUAUUUUUACUAUUGAUCCAGCAACAGCACGAGAUCUUGAUGAUGCACUUAGUUGUGAACGACUUGAAAAUGGACAUUAUCGAAUCGGUGUUCAUAUUGCUGAUGUAAGUUAUUUUGUUCAAGAACAAACACCACUUGAUAAUGAAGCUGCACAGCGUACGACGAGUGUUUAUCUUGUCGAACGAGUUAUUCCAAUGUUACCUCGAUUAUUAUGUGAUCGAUUAUGUAGUUUAAAUCCUAAUGAAGAUCGUCUAACAUAUUCUGUGAUAUGGAUAAUGGAUGAAAAAGGCAAUAUUCUUGAAGAACAAUUUGCACGUAGUGUUAUUCGAUCGUGUGUUAAAUUAAGUUAUGAACAUGCUCAGGAUAUUAUUGAUCAUCCAAAUAAAGAAUUUAAAACGGAAGAUUUUCCUACAAUAACAAAUAAUUAUUCUGUUAAUGAUAUCAAAGAAAUUGUAUUAUAUUUAUAUGAAAUAUCAAAAAUUUUACGUUCAAAACGUAGUGGUGCAUUAACAUUAAAUCAACCAAAACUUCAAUAUCAAAUAAAACCUGAUAGUAAAAUGCCAUUAAGUUUUUCAAUUUAUCAACAAAAAGAAAGUCAUCGAUUAGUUGAAGAAUACAUGCUUUUAGCAAAUAUGCAAGUAGCACGUAAAUUAUUUUCAACAGAAUCUAUUCAUGAUAAAGUUAUAUUACGUCGUCAUCCACCACCAAAUUCAACAGCAUUACAAAAUGCAAUUAAAAUAUUAAAAUCUGUUGGUAUUGACAUUGAAGGAAAUUCAUCAGAUGAUAUUGCUAAAGCUAUUCGAAAUAUUGAAAAUGAAUCAACAAAAAAAUUACUUAUACAUUUACUUGCAAAAUCUAUGCAAUUAGCUGUUUAUUGUUGUGCAUCAUGUGUACCAGAUAAUAAUUAUUCACAUUUUGCACUUAAUGUUGAUUUUUAUACACAUUUUACAUCACCUAUUCGACGAUAUCCAGAUAUACUUGUUCAUAGAUUACUUGGUGCUGUACUUAAUUAUAAUGAUAAUCUUUAUCAAGCACCAAGAGCACUUGAACAAAUAGCACAAUUAUGUAAUGAAAAAAAAUUAAGUGCUAAAACAUGUUCAGAACGUAGUGCAGAACUUUAUCUUGCUGUGCUUAUUCGAGAAUAUGGUACAAUAUCAGAUGAAGCAGUCAUUGUUGGAGUCAAAGAUGAAAGUCUCGAUAUUUAUUUAUUUCGUAUUGGUGUACCAUUACGUGUUGGAAUUAAUAAUUUACCAUUGGAUCAUCCACGUACUGAUUAUAAAAAAAUGUCAAAUAAUCAAACAGCUGAAUUAACAAUUUAUUGGAAAGAAAAUGAUCCACCACAAACAAUAAAACAAAUUUUAAAACCAUUUGAUGUUAUUAAUGUUGAUAUUAUGUCAGAAUUUGAUUUAAAUAUGAAGAAACUUAAACUAACCGCACAAUUACGUCAUCCAAAUGCAGAAAAAAUAACAACCUUAGUUAAUCUUUGUACGUCAACAUUGCCUGACAAUAUGAUUGCAAUUCAACAACGACAAGAUUUUGAUCCUUAUUCAGAAUAUUAA